AAUAAUCAUGUAAAUGGGGGUCAUCAAGCAAAACCAGUAGCACUUCCUGUCUCAUUUAAUUAUCGAAAUUACCCAUUGCAUUUCUACUUCAAUCCUGUUGAUCGAUUCAGGUCACAUCGAGUCAGUUCUGCGCAUCGAGAAAUUAUUCACGUUAGUAAAUUCCUCAGUGUGAUUUACAUUUAUACAUUUCCAACAAUGUACUCGAAGAAAAGUCUCCUAAUCUUCAAAUUCACCCAUAUGAUUUCCUUCAUACUGGGCCUAGCCCCCUACAGCGUCGAGAUUUUGCCUCGAUUGUCAAAAAAGUCGGGAGUCAGCUUCAGAAUCAUAUACUCCAGACUGGGAUGUGCAUACAAUAUUUUAUUGGCCCUCAUAUUUGUCGGAAUAACUGUCAUUGUCAGACCAUAUUUGAUCGAUUAUCAAUAUCCUAAUGACUCAGUUCUCACGAUGAUUGUAGCCACAGUGACAACACUUGGAAAUAUAUUUUCAAUAAUUUUGAUUGUUUAUUACACUCACUAUCAACAACACAGUGUUGAUAUCUCAAAACAGCUCAGCAAAUUUGAUGAAAUAUUUACGAGUGAAUUUGGCAAUACAUUUGACAAUGAGAAGACAAAUCGAUUUACAAACAUCGACACUUGGUUACCAAUUUUCUUAAUUUCAUUCUUGUGGUGUGGAGCUAUCACUACCUCAACGUACAUUCAACAAUCACGAACGAGUAUUGCAAAUAUAUUUUCUGUUCUAAUUAUGACAUCAGUUGUUAUGCAAUAUGGCUCCGUUGUCGACAGUUUAAGACGAAGAUUAAAGAAUCUGAAUGAACUUCUUCCAUCGAUUUUUAAAUGUCCAAUUUCAAAUAUCGAGAGUGUUCAUCUUGUCAGGAUUGCGGCAAACAAUCGUUUGGUUAAUCAUAAUUUUACAAUGUUUAAAAAAUUGCGGAAUAAACUGUACAAAAUUUCUUGUCUCGUCGCCGAUUUUUAUUCAUUUCCAACUUUAUUGACAGUGGUGCAUAGUUUUUGUGCGAGCAUUACUACUUUUUACUUUUUUAUUAUCAGCAUUGUACAAGAAAAGGGAAUGACGGUGAAUGCUUUUUAUCUUAAUGUUAUAUUCUGGUUUUUCCUGUGCAUUUAUCCUACUAUCAGAUUAAGUAGGAGUGUGAGGAUAUUUAAUAAAGAGAUGCACAAAACAGCUGAUAUUAUUUACGAUGUUAUGGAAAUGUAUGCACCCAACGGGGAAAUAGAAUAUCAGUUGAACAAUUUCGCGGUCGAACAAAUACACAAGAAAGUUGAAUUCACAGCGUGCGGAUUCUUCUCCUUGGAUUGUACACUUCUGCAAUCAAUGUUUGGGGCCUUUGUGACAUAUUUACUGAUUAUAUUGCAGUUCAAGCCAAAGGACGUUAUGCAAAAUUAGACUUUUAACAUGAAAAUAAAAUUGUAAUAUCACCAGACAAUGAAUUUUCUCAUUCCAUAAUAAAAACUCGACGCAUAAUGUCAUGAAUCGAUAAUUAAUUUCUUAAGUCAUCGGGGAAUUCCGUGAGGCCAUCAACAUAAUGACUAAUUCACUUACUUUCUGGAGCAAUUGUAAUUGAGUUGUAAUGUAAUAUACGAUUUGUAUGUUUCUACCUUAUUGUAUUAAUAUAUUGGAUCUUCUUGACCUUGAAAAAAAUUGUGAGGUAUAAGUGUACAGUUGAAUUUUGUCACCCAGAAGUGACACUAUCGUGACAUUAUGCCACAAAAAAGCGUAAUUUUGAAUGUCUAUUCCAUCUAAUUUUGGUUAUAAACAGUCUACGCUAAUUAAGGUCAUGAAAAACUUUCUGAAAUAAAAAAAUUAACUGAAAAUAAUCUGUUGUCACUGAU